GAAGUUAACGAUUCCUUGAUGCGGUUUUUUGAUCACUGCGCCAAAUUUGUUGCCUUGGUGGAGGAGAACGAUGCGGCGAUGUGCCAGGUGGAUGCCUUCAAAGAGGGGCCGGAGAUGAGGAAGGUCUUGGAGAAGGUUGCGAGUGCUUUGUGUUUGCCCGUGGAGGAGCUGAACGCAGAUCUUGUUCAAGUAGCUUUUCUCACCUGCUCAUAUGAGUUGGCUGUAAAAAAUGUGACCUCCCCAUGGUGUUCGCUCUUCAGUGAAGAAGAUGCCAAGGUACUGGAAUAUCUGAACGACCUGAAGCAAUACUGGAAGAGAGGAUAUGGCUAUGACAUCAAUAGUCGCUCCAGCUGCAUUUUAUUCCAAGAUAUCUUCCAGCAUUUGGACAAAGCGGUGGAAGAGAGCAAAAGUUCAAAACCCAUUUCUUCACCUUUGAUUGUACAAGUUGGACAUGCAGAGACACUUCAGCCACUACUUGCUCUUAUGGGUUUCUUCAAAGAUGAUGAGCCUCUCAGGGCAAACAAUUACAUCAGACAAACGCAUCGGAAAUUUCGCAGUGGCCAGAUUGUGCCUUACGCAGCCAACCUGGUAUUUGUGCUUUACCACUGUGAUCAAGUGAAAACCUCUAAAGAAGAGUAUCAAGUGCAGAUGCUGUUGAAUGAAAAACUAAUGUCGUUUCAUCACUCAAAUGAAACCAUCUCUACUUACCUGGACCUCAAGGACUAUUAUAAGGACAUCCUGGAAAACUGCCACUUCAAAGAAGAGUGUGAAUUACCUAAAGUUAAUAUUACUGCUGUUGACGAACUUUGAAGGAAUGAAACAGAGUGGGUGUUCCGCAGAUUGAUCUUGGUUCUGUUUGACAGAUGUUGUGAACAAGGAUUUUUGAUGAUUUGCUGCUGUGUUGACUUUCUAAACUUGCAGAUUUGAUGG